CAACUCAAAUGUUAGAUACUGAAUGUUGUAUUAUAUGAUACCAUUAAGAAAUACCCCAUUUCAUUUCAAUGUGUUAUUUUUAUGAAGAAGAAAAAAAACAAGAUAGGCAAAUUAUAUGAACUAUUAUCACUAGGCAUUGAGUCGCCUAUGGCAUUCCACGUUUGUAUCUUUCCUUUUUCUGGCCUCAAUAGAUUCCACACACUCAGUCACAAGUCACAAUACAAAGAAGCGACAAGCAAAAUAUCAAGUGGGCUUCAAACGAGGGACAACAAAACUCACCUCUCCGCCACACUCCAAAACUUGAAAGAAAGCUAAACAACAAAGGAUCGAUCUUUUACAAGGCCCUUAAAAAGUUUCACAAGCUGACAAUGAUGCUUUCAACCAGAAAUGAAAAAUCUCUGCUUUCUCUCUCUCUCUCUCUCUCUCUCUCUCCUCCAACUCAGCAUCAUCCCCAUUCCCAGAUUUCCACCUCACCCCUGAAAAAGUGGAAAUCGGAAAUCCAACUCGCCCAAUCAGAAUCCAGCAAACUCCAUCGCCAUAACCACAGUAGAUAGAUUACACUCUCAAUCUCACUACACAUUUCCCUCUCUACAGUAUUUCCCAAACCGAAGCAGGACCUCAGAAUCAGAAAACCAGAGUCCAGCUCCCAAAAUCAUAAGCCCCUCACUACCCAUUUCGCCACGUGUCCCUCCAUUCCACCACUAACCAUAUUAACCACCACCUCGCCUUCUUCACUUCUCCACAGCUCUCCUCCCCUUCUGCUGAUUUCAGUAGCAGAGUUAUAAAGACACGACCUUUAACUUCUUCGAGAAAAGAAGGAGAAGAAGGGUUCGUUCACUGAACCAGAAACAUUACAUUUUCCUUUCUUUUCCUUCUCUUCAUUCUCCCUCUGACCUCUCUCUAAUUUUGUAACAGAGGAGGGGAAAACAACAGAGAGGAGUUUUGUAUCUCUCUGUCUAUCUGUGCUGCCACAACAAUGGCUUCCUUGCUAUCUUCUUCCUUCAUCACCCCAUCAGCAAAAUCAGACCAGCUUUCACAAAAGCACUACUUUCUCCACUCCUUCCUCCCCAAGAAAACAAACCCAUCAUCCACUUCCAAGUCCGCGCUGAAAUUCAAGUGUUCCGCCAUCGGGAACGGCCUGUUCACGCAGACAACGCAAGAAGUUCGACGAAUUGUCCCAGAGAAGAACUCCAACCUCCCCACAGUCAAGAUCGUCUACGUGGUGCUGGAAGCUCAGUACCAAUCAUCUUUGUCUGCCGCAGUCCAGUCUCUAAACAGGGACCCCAGCAAGUUCGCGUCUUUUGAAGUGGUUGGCUACUUGGUCGAGGAGCUUCGUGACGCUGCCAACUAUGAAUCCUUCUGCAAGGACCUCGAGGAUGCCAACAUCUUCAUCGGUUCGCUGAUCUUCGUCGAGGAGCUCGCCCUGAAGGUGAAAUCUGCCGUGGAGAAAGAGAGGGAGAGAAUGGACGCUGUACUGGUCUUCCCAUCCAUGCCUGAGGUGAUGAGGCUCAACAAAUUGGGAUCCUUCAGCAUGUCCCAGCUCGGCCAAUCGAAGAGCCCCUUCUUCCAGUUGUUCAAGAGGAAGAAGCAAGGCGCUGGAUUUGCUGACAGUAUGUUGAAAUUGGUAAGGACUUUGCCGAAAGUGUUGAAGUACUUGCCUAGCGACAAAGCUCAGGAUGCGAGGUUGUACAUAUUGAGCCUCCAGUUCUGGCUCGGAGGGUCUCCUGAUAACCUGCAGAACUUCGUGAAGAUGAUUUCUGGAUCUUACGUUCCGGCAUUGAAGGGAACGAAGGUCGAGUAUUCCGAUCCGGUGUUGUUCCUCGACACUGGAAUCUGGCACCCGUUGGCUCCUUGUAUGUACGACGAUGUGAAGGAGUACUUGAACUGGUAUGAUACAAGGAGGGACACGAAUGAGAAGCUGAAGAGCGGUAAUGCUCCGAUAGUUGGGCUGGUUUUGCAGAGGAGUCACAUCGUGACAGGGGAUGAAGGUCACUAUGUGGCUGUGAUCAUGGAAAUGGAAGCCAGAGGUGCUAAAGUGAUACCGAUUUUCGCUGGGGGGCUCGAUUUCUCAGGUCCUGUUGAGAAGUACUUCAUCGAUCCGGUCACAAAGAAGCCGAUGGUGAACUCGGUUGUGUCAUUGACAGGGUUCGCCCUCGUUGGUGGUCCUGCGAGGCAGGACCAUCCUCGAGCUGUGGAGGCUCUGAUGAAGCUCGAUGUGCCUUAUAUGGUCGCUGUGCCUCUCGUGUUUCAGACCACCGAGGAGUGGUUGAACAGUACUUUGGGGCUGCAUCCCAUUCAGGUUGCCUUGCAAGUUGCUCUUCCCGAGCUUGAUGGUGGCAUGGAGCCUAUCGUUUUCGCUGGCCGCGAUCCCAGAACAGAAAGUUUGGAAUCUGUGUUUUUAUCAGGAAAAUCUCAUGCUCUUCACAAGAGGGUGGAGCAAUUGUGCAUCCGGGCAAUCCGAUGGGGUGAACUCAAGAGGAAGUCAAAGGCUGAGAAGAAGUUAGCAAUUACAGUGUUCAGUUUCCCACCAGACAAGGGCAACGUAGGUACAGCAGCUUACCUCAAUGUCUUCGCUUCAAUCUUUUCGGUACUAAGCGACCUGAAGAAAGAUGGUUACAACGUGGAGGGACUCCCCGAGACAUCAGAAGCCCUGAUCGAAGAGAUCCUGCACGACAAGGAGGCGCAGUUCAGCAGCCCGAAUCUCAACGUAGUCUACAAGAUGGGAGUACGAGAGUACCAGGAGCUCACUCCUUAUGCCACCGCACUAGAAGAGAACUGGGGCAAACCUCCAGGCAAUCUCAACUCCGAUGGAGAGAAUCUGUUGGUCUAUGGCAAGCAAUAUGGCAAUGUGUUCAUCGGCGUCCAGCCCACCUUCGGUUACGAAGGUGAUCCCAUGAGGUUGCUCUUCUCCAAAUCCGCCAGUCCACACCAUGGCUUCGCUGCUUACUACUCGUUCGUCGAGAAGGUCUUCAAAGCUGAUGCGGUGCUCCACUUUGGUACCCAUGGCUCACUUGAAUUCAUGCCCGGGAAGCAAGUGGGGAUGAGUGAUGCCUGUUUCCCAGACAGUCUCAUUGGGAACAUCCCCAAUAUAUACUACUAUGCAGCUAACAAUCCGUCUGAAGCCACCAUAGCGAAACGUCGGAGCUAUGCUAACACCAUCAGCUACUUGACUCCUCCGGCUGAGAAUGCUGGUCUCUACAAGGGACUCAAGCAAUUGGGCGAGCUCAUUUCCUCGUACCAAUCAUUGAAAGACACCGGGCGCGGCCCCCAGAUUGUGAGCACCAUCAUCAGCACGGCAAGGCAGUGCAAUCUCGACAAGGAUGUCGAUCUGCCUGAUGAAGCAGCAGAGAUCUCAGCCAGUGAGAGGGACCUCGUGGUUGGCAAAGUGUACUCCAAGAUCAUGGAGAUCGAGUCCCGCCUCUUGCCAUGUGGGCUCCACGUUGUCGGUGAGCCACCAUCUGCAAUGGAAGCUGUUGCCACACUUGUCAACAUUGCAGCCCUCGACCGCCCUGAAGAGGGGAUCACUUCGCUCCCAUCCAUACUAGCCCAGACAGUUGGACGAGAGAUGGAGGACGUGUACCGAGGGAGCGAUAAGGGGAUCUUGAAGGACGUGGAGCUUCUUCGCCAGAUCACCGAUACAUCACGUGGCGCGGUGUCAGCAUUCGUGGAGAGGACUACCAACAGCAAGGGCCAGGUGGUUGACGUGAGCAACAAGCUAACUUCGAUGCUAGGCUUCGGGAUCAACGAGCCAUGGAUUCAGUACCUGUCGAACACAAAGUUCUACCGCGCUGACAGGGAGAAGCUCCGCGUCGUGUUCCAGUUCUUGGGAGAUUGCUUGAAGCUUGUGGUUGCUGAUAAUGAGCUUGGCAGUCUGAAACAAGCCUUGGAAGGCAAGUUUGUUGAGCCCGGGCCGGGUGGUGACCCGAUCAGGAACCCGAAAGUGCUGCCCACGGGGAAGAACAUUCACGCACUCGACCCGCAAUCGAUCCCCACCGAAGCAGCAAUGCAGAGCGCCAAAGUCGUCGUCGAGAGGCUGAUCGAGAGGCAGAAGAUUGACAAUGGCGGGAACUAUCCAGAAACCGUUGCUCUUGUGCUGUGGGGGACUGACAACAUCAAGACCUACGGGGAGUCACUCGGUCAGGUCCUCUGGAUGAUCGGAGUCAGACCGAUUGCCGACACAUUCGGUCGGGUCAACCGAGUCGAACCGGUCAGCCUCGAGGAGCUCGGAAGGCCCAGAAUCGACGUCGUCGUCAACUGCUCCGGCGUCUUCCGCGACCUCUUCAUCAACCAGAUGAACCUCCUCGAUCGGGCCGUGAAAAUGGUCGCCGAGCUCGACGAGCCGGUAGAAAUGAACUACGUGAGGAAGCACGCCCUCGAGCAGGCCGAAACCCUAGGGAUCGACAUUCGCGAGGCCGCCACUCGAAUCUUCUCCAACGCCUCCGGCUCGUACUCUUCCAACAUCAACCUCGCCGUCGAGAACUCGUCGUGGAACGACGAGAAGCAGCUUCAGGACAUGUAUCUGAGCAGGAAGUCCUUCGCGUUCGACUCCGACGCCCCCGGCGCCGGAAUGAUGGAGAAGAAGAAGGUGUUCGAGAUGGCGCUCAGCACCGCCGACGCGACUUUCCAAAACCUAGAUUCGUCGGAGAUCUCGCUCACCGACGUCAGCCAUUACUUCGAUUCGGACCCCACGAAUCUGGUGCAGAGCCUGAGGAAGGACAAGAAGAAGCCCAGCGCCUACAUCGCCGAUACGACGACGGCGAACGCGCAGGUGCGGACUCUGUCGGAGACGGUGAGAUUGGACGCGAGGACCAAGCUGCUGAACCCUAAGUGGUACGAAGGGAUGAUGUCGAGUGGGUACGAAGGCGUUCGCGAGAUCGAGAAGCGGCUGACGAACACCGUUGGAUGGAGUGCGACUUCAGGGCAGGUGGAUAACUGGGUUUAUGAAGAAGCCAACACGACGUUUAUACAGGAUGAAGAGAUGAUGAAGAGGUUGAUGGACAUGAACCCGAAUUCGUUCAGGAAAUUGGUGCAGACGUUCUUGGAGGCCAAUGGGCGUGGGUACUGGGAGACUUCUGAGGACAAUAUUGAGAAGUUGAGGCAGCUUUACAGUGAAGUGGAAGACAAGAUUGAAGGUGUUGAUCGGUAGAUGAGGAAAGGUCUCGAUCGAAGAAUUGCAGCCAUGAACGUUUAACUCUUUGUUGAUCUGGUACAUUACUAUCGUUAUUGUGCAUUAUCCCAGAUGAGUUGAGUGCUGUGUUAUCAAGUAGCUUCCCCGCCGGAACUUGUUGUAAAAUUUGUUCAUAAACAUCUCUCGCAAGAGAUUUGGCAAGUGACAUUGUUGAUAUCUUGAGGAAGGAAUGAACUUCAGUUAAACCUGCAUAAAUCUUUCUCUUCAAGCAAAGAGCUUCAGUUAAACCUGCAUAAAUCUUUCUCUUCACACAAAGAUCUUCGCUUUAACAAGGAAAAGGGUACACAAAGGAAGGGCCUAAGCUUCACCAGAGCUCCAUCAGUGAAUGAUUCAAACUGAAACAGGUGUGCUGUUUUCCACUGUUUCUUGGGCUUUAAGGCAAUCUGUAGGAUGUGUAGGGAGUUCCUAACAAUGUAAAGAGAAUGGUACAAUGGGUAAAUCUACAAACUGACUGACAAGUUUACAAAAAUGGGAAACU